AGCCUCCUUCAUCCACUUCAACUCAAGUCUGGCGGACUCUGGGCCCAACGCCGACGAUAAAGAAGAGAGAAGGCGGGUUAAUCGAGGCAUGGCCGUUAUCGUCGUCGUUGUCGAGGACGACGGCCGACAUUGGAUUCUAAAAUACGACUCGGGAAAAAGGCGGACUGGUGCGGUGUUGUCAGCGCCUGUAUGUCAUGCCCCAUCAAGCCCACUCGUGACGCUGUUCUACUCAAGCUCAACUUGGGAACUCUCCGAUGGCCACCCAUCAAAUAGUUCUGGUCAUUCCGCACCUCCCUUGAUACUUCCAGCUUUCUCAGGGGCUUCUUCUUCCACUACUGCACCAAGUACACCGAGUACCAGCCACGAUCCCAAUGCGUCAAAAAAGAUCUCCGUUAGCAAACGCAAAAGGGGACCUACCGAUGUCGCUAGCGACAGUGCAGACUCUGGUUCACAAUCCCAACCACGCACUCGGGAUGGUCCCAAAAAGAAAAAGGCGAAUCGCGCUUGUUUCCAUUGUCAGAAAGCACAUUUGACCUGUGAUGAUUCUCGCCCGUGUCAGCGCUGCGUCAAACGCGGUAUGGCCGACAACUGCACGGAGGGGCACCGGAAGAAAGCUAAAUAUUUAUUGGAUGAGGAGGAACUCGAGGCCCUUAAACGAACCAAAUCGGGCGAAUCUUCGAAAAGUGUCGAGCCAACUCCUCAACCGCAGACCCAACCUCCUCAAGCUCAAAGACCACCAGAGCCUUAUGUUGCUCAGCCUGAGUCAAUUUUUGCUUCGUAUAGCAACCCUUCUACAGCAUAUACGGGAUACACCAGCACUAACGAUGCUGCAAAUCUUGAAUACUCCAUCAUCUCCUCCAUCCUGGGCAACUCACCCGAUUCAGGUGCCUCCGGGAGCCCUUCCGCCACUAAUGCUCAACCACAAUCGCAACGCAGUUCAUUUGUCUCUUCUCAAUCUACGUCAAGCCUGGCGACUGCGACUUGGCCCGGCGAACCAAUGCAAACGCAAUAUGGCCCAUCGGCUAGCACGAGCAAUGGUUACGGCGUGGCCGGUCCAUCAAACUAUGCGAGUCAGCAGCAGCAGCAGCAGCAGCAACAACAACAACAACAGCAACAGCAACAGCAACAACGGACACAGGGCAUGGCACUCCCAGGACCUGAGGCAUCCGCCUAUUUGUCACCAACAGGAGCCACGUUCCCGUCGUCACAAUAUGGCCAACCACAACAGCGACCGCCUCAUGAGCAGUAUCCAGAUUAUGCUCAGCAAACUCAAAACCAACAGCAGAUGGCGCCUCAGAUAUCACAGUAUCCUGGACAAGUAUCGUCAACUGGUGCAAUAUCGAUGCCGGCCUAUGCACGUCCCCGCAUAAUGUCGACCGCUCCAAAUAUCACACAACCCAACGGCCAUGCCGCUCCAUCAUGGUCCGCGGGGCAAACGCCUGUUAGCAAUGGGUAUAGCGCUCCUACUUCGGCGGUAAUACAGGAACUAGAGGCCAGUAGUGUGUACAAGACUGUCACGAAACCCUACGAUUAUACGGAAGGUUAUCAUUUCCUGAUGAAGCACCUUUCGAGUCGGGGCUUCGAGAAGAAUGAUAUUCUUCGCAUUGUUCGCGCCUUGGCAAUAUUUCGGCCAUCCCUCAUCGCACUUCAAAUGCCAAUGACAGAAGAAGACGAAGUAUUCGUAGAAAAGUGCUUUCAGCGGUCACUGGUGGAACUCGACAAACUCGUCUCAUUUAGUGGUACACCUACGGUCGCUUGGAGACGUACAGGCGAGAUCUGUCUGGUCGGACCGGAAUUCUGCAUGCUUUCAGGCUGGGAAAAGGAUGAACUGACAGGGCCCGGGCGACGGAAAUACAUCUACGAGUUGUUCGAGAACCAAUCCGUGGUGGAGUACUGGGAAAACUUCGCCAAUCAUGCGUUCGAAAAUACCACUCAAUCGGUGUAUUCUCACUGCGUCCUGCUGAAACCGAGUGGUGCUCCAGUGCCUUGCACAUUCUGUUUCUCCAUCAGAAGGGACAUCAUGGAUUUGCCAAGUCUGGUCAUCGGCCAAUGGCUGCCACUGCUAUGACAGUGUCCCUGACCUCGAUCAGCCUCUCGGACUUUCGUAUUUUCCCUCUUUCGUUCGGCUUUCCAUUCCUUUGUCGCAUUUUCCCCUAUCGCUCUCCGCUCAUGGAGAAUCUUUCGCUGCUUUGUAACGUCAAUAUUGCUAUCCAUUCCUUCCAGCAUCGUUUCUUCUACUCGUUAUCUAUUUACAUACGUAACCAUCGUCCCCUAUCAUUCAUUUCCGUCCUCACUCGAGCUUUUGCGCUGAAUUUUUUCUCAGCGGGAGAGAGUUGAUGUCGUUCGAGCAACUCAGUAGCAAUAAGCAUUGCUGACCUUAUCAGUACAUAGCCAGACCAUGUGUGUUCGACGGGCACGUGAAGCCUGUGCAUGUACCGAAUGGACCGUGGCUUUUUAUGAAUGCCCACUUGACUUGAUUCAAAGGCUUGUGAGGAAUCAGUAGUGAACUGAGAUAGGCAUCAUAGUGGGCUUGAGCAUGAAGUACCUCCUAUACCGGCUAGUAACAAACAUGCAACGGGAAGGCUGUGAGGGAGGAAGGCAGGCAGAUACCUCUGACCAGCCAGAGGUGUCGCCCAUGUCGUUGUAAAUCAUCGCUGUGUAGCGUUGAGGACCUUCGAUUGCCGCAGUGUCUGUAUCCUUUCGUAUGC